CCGUUACUUGCUUGCUGAAAGUCUAACUGCAUUGAAGAAACGACUGGAUUCCAGCAUAGGGUUGAUUAAACGCCCAGCACUGCGGUCUUCCGUCCAACACCAGCGUCCACUGCAACUUAUGUAACGGAGAAGAAAUCAGCACAAUCCCGCUAACGAGCUACUUUUGGGGGGCGUUUUACUGCCGUCGCAUCUCCCACUGCUGGGUGGGAUCAAUGUCACAAAGCCUGUGAGUGUGUAGACAUUGUGGGUCAGUAAAAGCAGGGCAAGUAGCCCAGGAGCCUUCACAGUCUAUGGGAACUGCUACGGCAGUCAAUGCGGUCUUCCACAGUCCCUUUUUUCCUGUGGCUGAGAACCCAGCAGCACCAGCACCAUGUCCCACGUCUCCUCCACUGCCAAGCGCUAUGCUGGCCCGUCCUACACCAGCCAUUACAGCUCCUACAGCUCCCCCUUAACCUCAAGCCUUAGCUCCUACGGUGAGCGGAACAGGUUGUCGUCCUACAAGUCCCCUGCCUCCACUACCUCGUCCUCAGGUUACACCUCUUCCAGCUAUCUCGGCAGCUCCACGGUUCGCAGCCGGAACUACAGCACCUCCCUGGACCCAGACCGGGGCCGUGUCAUCCCACGGACAGACAUCCUUGGAAGUAGCAGCAACCGCCGCAGCGAAAGCCUCAGUCGAACCCCUGUCAAGAGCUAUGCAGGUUCUGGACUCAGUGGAGGGUCAGCCUACACAACGUACAGCUCUUACUCUUCGGCGCAGUCCAGCUACCUCUCUUUAUCACCGGUGGCCUCCAGAAUGUCGCUUAAUCGACGUAAAUCAUCAUCCCAGAGUGACCUAACCAGGGACUUGGCUGCUCUGGGCCUAAAUGACACCUCCGCCGCCAGCCCAUCUUCCUCCUCCAGCGCCUCGAGGAGCUGUCGCUCUCGGACCAGUGAGGUCGCUAACACUUAUGGCACUAACUCACUGGGCCCACCACGGAGCACUACUCAGGAGGCCGUCUCAUGGAGCUCCUCUAAGGAAGGCUUCAGUAGCAGCAGCAGUGGCAGCAGCAGAUUACACAGUUCUUCAGUGUGGGAGCCAAGCACGAGUGGAGUAGGUCGCCCCACUCGGGACUCCACGAACUCAAAAAGUGCCCAGGGACUGGUUGGACUGAAAAAUCUGGGAAACACAUGUUUCAUGAAUAGUAUCCUGCAGUGUCUCAGCAACACACACAGUUUGCGAGACUACUGCUUGCACAACUCGCACCGCAGAGACCUUAACAACAACAGCCGCACCAACACGGCCCUCAUGGAAGAGUUUGCCAAGCUGAUACAAACCAUGUGGUCGUCAACCAGCAGUGAAGCUGUCAGUCCGUCUGAAUUCAAAACUCAGAUCCAGAGAUACGCUCCCAGAUUUGUAGGAUACAACCAACAGGACGCUCAAGAGUUCCUGCGCUUCCUCCUGGACGGCCUGCACAAUGAGGUCAACAGAGUGACGGUCAGGCCGAGAGGCACUGUCGAAGAUUUUGAUCACCUGCCGGACGAGGAGAAAGGGAAAAAGAUGUGGAGUAAAUACCUGGAAAGGGAAGACAGCAAAAUCGUUGACUUGUUUGUAGGGCAGCUCAAGAGCUCUCUAACCUGCAGCCAUUGUGGUUUCUGCUCGACUGUCUUUGACCCUUUCUGGGAUCUGUCCCUGCCAAUUGCUAAGAAGGGCUACGGUGAAGUGAGCCUCAUGGACUGCAUGCGGCUCUUCACCAAAGAAGAUGUCCUCGAUGGAGAUGAGAAGCCGACGUGCUACAAGUGCAAAGCAAGAAGAAGAUGCACUAAGAAAUUCACAGUACAGAAGUUCCCCAAGAUCUUAGUUCUGCACCUCAAACGCUUCUCGGAAGCGAGGAGAACCAGCAAACUGUCAACCUUUGUCAACUUCCCCAUGAAGGAUCUUGACUUGCGAGAGUUCGCCUCCGAAAACAGCAUAAAUGCAGUGUACAACCUGUAUGCUGUGUCCAACCACUCAGGCACGACAAUGGGGGGUCACUACACAGCCUACUGUCGCAACCCUACAUCUGGGGAGUGGUACACCUUCAAUGACUCCAGAGUAACGCCAAUGUCCUCCAGCCAAGUGCGCAGCAGUGACGGCUACGUCUUGUUCUACGAGCUGGCUUCCUCCUCGCGCAUGUGAAUCCUGGCAGCCGACGAUAGGCCGCAGCACCCCUCUCGACAGACAGUCGGAUGGAAAACGAGCGACGUCGUGCGCACAAAGGCUUGGAUCCACCAGGAUGGAGGCUGCCUUUCAGCAGAGACGGCGGGAGAAGGGACACACAAGAGAACGUGAUCACCAGCCCUUCUUUUGCUCUCGUUGUCUGUUCUCACCGUUUUCAUCCAGGGUAGAGAUGUGUGUGUAUGUCUAGUAUGUGUGUGUGGGUGUGUGUUAGACGGACACAGGGCAAUAAUCCCAUUGACCCGAGGAACCCAUGAACCCCCAUCCCCCAAAUCUUCUCUAUGCACCACAAGCUCAACUCCUGACCGCCUUUAUUUUUUCUUGGUUGCCUCAAAGCGUUCAAAUGACUUACAGGUUUUUUGGGAUCUUUUCUGCGUUGGAGAGUUUUUGUUGUUAUGUUGUUAUUUGAGGUUGGAAAAUCGUUUUAGCACAUCAUCAUUGUCGCUAUUUUGGCAGCAAAGUUGCAGUCUCGUAAAGGUUGGCUCAAGGUUCGAUUUGUACUUUUCUUGUCACGUGCGACAAGAAAAAUCACAAAAACUGUUGGCGGAAAUCUGGAGAACGUUUUGCAAGCAUUUGCAACCUUGAAAAAACUCUGACCUAACACGCAUUUUGCUACCUUCGCCAGUAGUCACAAAUGUUCUCCCCUCAGUAGGCCGAAACCGUCCUCACUUUGUGACUGUAACAGGAAUAGUCAGACCACUGGCCACUUCCACUGCACCAAAACACUCCUUUGUUUUUGACAGCAUCAUCUUCACUCAUUUUGCUUUCAAUAUGGCUGCGAGGCCAGUGGCACUCUGAGCGUCGUAUGUCUGAACUGUUUUUUCCUCACAAGGUUGUUAUCCAUCUUUGCAGAGUGUUGUGAAUGAGUGAAUGACCUGGCAUCUGAUAUGGAUUCAUCAAUACGAUAAAAGUAAAGCUUAAUUCCUCAUCACUCCAUAUGAGAUCUUCCUCUCCUGUUUCAUGCCAUUGAACAACAAGGAAAGAAUGUUUAAAGAAGACAAAAAAUUGAUCUGUAUAUUUUUAUAGCCUGAUGCAAUAUAGAGAAUGUACAACUUAAUGGUGCUGAAGCUGACCCAUAACUGUUUUCAUUUGGUUUCGUUACCAGAUUUUGAGAAGAAAAAAGAUAUUUAUGGUUAAAAGGAUGUUGUAAUGAUACACUUUUUAACAGUGGCAGUCAAAAAUGAGUAAAUAUGGUAUAUGGAUAUAUAUGAAUAAAAUUCCACAAAACCAUG